AUGGUCGUGGUGGUCCCCGAGGAUGACCAUACUGCCGUUGAUGAUCCUGCUCGGUGUGGUGCUGAUGGUCAUGUCAGGGAUGCCACACAACUCGAGUUGAGAGGAGGGGGAGCGGUCAGCGAUGGUGUGGGGGCCAACACCGUAGCCCCUCCCCGUCCUUCUGCUCUUCAGCCCAGCGAGACGUCUCCACUGGGACAUGUCCGAAGACCUGUCCUCAACAAUACCUGGCCACCCUACACAGAGGAGCUGAUCGCCUCCUCUAGGUACUGUGGACGUAACCAAAACAGGGGCACCACCUCCAGCCACGCCGGUACCACAGUGAGUCCUACUGUGACCAUCACUCCCCAUCAGAAGCCCAUGGUCUCGUCGGGAAGUUGCGGUAUGCCGACUUCAGCUCGUGUCGGUGGUUCUACCAACAUCGGCAACGACAUGAGCGCCUAUUGGCAUGUGUUGCUGUGGUCACCGCUCGACCCUUCCACGCGCAAGCCGCCAUGGGAGGGUCUACAUUCACAGGCUACCUCCCCACCCAGUGGCAUCCACCUCAUGGAUGGCACGGCGAUGCUGAGGAUGUACGGCCCGAUGUCCUUCUCGGUCUUUCGAGAGGCGGUUAAGACUACAACCACCAGGGUGACCUUCAUAGAAGGCAAGGCCGGAGACUCGUGGCUUUGCGAUAAGAUCCGUGAGAGUAUUCAAGCCUUCAUCCGCAUGGACCAUCCCAGCGUGUCAUUCAGAGCUGCCUAUGAUACCCUACAGGUCUAUGCCCCCAUCUUAGUCCGCGGCCCAUCGUCUUUCAAUCUCUGGGCUGCCCUGGCCAACCAUGGUCAGGUGUAUUCUCCUCCAAAUCCCCCUACGUGGGGAUGGACAACAACAGAGCUAGGCAGCGACUGGCACUGGGUCACCAGCGCUAGAGUCCUCACACGAGGCGUCGCCAAAAAGGAACUCAAGUUGAAACGCCCUCUUGAGAAGAAGCCUCGAAAGGAAGGCGAGCCAAUCUGGACUGAUCUGUUCUUAGAGAGGGCUAUUCCAUGGCUGAAUGAGGCCCCGAUGUGGUUCCACCAUGUGCCACCAUGA